AUUGAUAUUGAAUAACAUUGAGUGACUGUUAAGUUCUCGCUUGUAGAUGUUCACAUCGCAUUAGAGUAUUAAAAUUCAAUAACGAUGAACUAUCUUUUGGAAUUAUUGAUAUUUUUAGUAACACUGAGUAUAUCAGUAACAAUUUUUGUGCAUUAUCGAUAUGGAUAUUGGAAGAGAAGAAAUGUACCUUAUUUGAAACCCAUCUUUCCAAUGGGAAAUAACACCUCCAUUUUUCCCAAAGGAAUAUCCCUUGGAAUUAUAUCCAAAUAUUUUUACGAUGAAUUCACGAAGAUGGGAUGCAAGAUCGGAGGUGUAUUCUUUGGGAUCGAUCCGCAAUUGGUUAUCGUGGAUCCGGACGUCGCCAAAGAUAUUUUAACUAGCGAUUUUGGUUAUUUCGUGGCAAGGGGUGUAUACAAGACUUCGAGUGACCCCACAACUGUGAACCUUUUUACCCAGGAUGGAUUUGAAUGGAGAACUGCAAGGGCGAAAUCAACUUCCCUGUUCACUUCUGCAAAAAUGAGAAAAUUUUUGGAGACUAUGUCAAAGUGCGCAGAUGAAAUGGCAGCUAGUUUGGAACAGAAUGCGAUUGAAAACAGCGACGUGAAAAUGCUCGAAGUUAUGGCAUGUUUUACAACUGAUGUAAUUGGAUCGGCUGUCUUAGGACUAAAUUGUAACAGUUUCAAGGAUCCAAACGCUGAGUUCAGAAACAUAGGAAGACAAUUAUUCGACGAAUUCACUUUGAUGGAUACAAUCAAAAUUUUUCUCACGAUUUCUUUUCCAAAACUAUGUGAAAAGAUUGGAGUGUCAAAUAUUCAACCUGAGGUUUCGGAAUUCUUUUGCAGAACUGUUAAGGAUCUUGUAAAAUAUAGAGAAGAUAAUAAUUUGAUAAGAAGUGAUUUUCUACAAAUGUUGAUUGACAUGAAGAACUCAACGAAUCAACUGACAAUGGAUGAGAUUAUAGGACAGGUUUUUAUAUUUUUCUCUGCUGGAUUCGAAACGUCCUCUACAACUGCUACGCUGACUCUCUUCGAAUUAUCCCAAAAACCUGAAAUACAAAACAAACUGAGGAGUGAAAUAGAAGAGUGUAUGGAGAAAAAUGAUAAUCGAAUCACAUAUGACGCACUCAUGGGAAUGCCAUACAUGAAUGCGGUCGUUGAAGAAACGCUGAGGAAAUGGCCUUCUGUGACAACAUUAACCAGAGUGUGCACGAAAGACUAUACUUUUCGAGACUCUGGUAUCACUAUACAGAAAAAUACUAACGUCAUCAUUCCGGUACUUGGAUUUCAUAGGGACUCUAAUUAUCAUCCAAAGCCGAUGGAAUUUGACCCGGAAAGAUUCAUGAAUAAAAAUUCGAGUUAUCCCGGAUAUUUACCGUUCGGAGAAGGACCAAGGAUGUGUAUAGGUAUGCGAUUUGGUCAGAUGCAAGUGAAGUUAGGCUUAUUGACCAUAUUGAGGAAAUACCAGGUAUACCCUAGUCCUAAGACAAGUCUUCCAUUGGAAAUAGACCCUGACACAUUUGUACUACAUACCAAACAACCCAUUUAUUUGAAGUUGAAAAAAUUAUAAGAAUUUCUUGUAAUAUAUUCAAAGUUGAAUUUAA